UCUUUUAAAAGUCUGUAACUUCCGUUGGUUUGAAACCACCGCUAUAUAAGAACGUGGAGCGAGAUCCUCACUUUCUCUCUCUAACCAAAAACAACGCUUCCACUCCAACCCCAAACACACGCACACCCUCUCUCUCUCUCCUCCUCUUUUGACAGAUAGCGUAAGUGAUCGUCAUGGGAGCAGUUGUUGAUGCUGUAAACCAGGAUCUUAAUGGAAGUUUAGCUGAAAAGAAUCCUACUGUUGUUUUUGUUUUGGGUGGUCCGGGCAGUGGAAAAGGUACCCAGUGUGCAAAUAUUGUUGAACAUUUUGGUUACACUCAUCUUAGUGCCGGUGACCUUCUGCGAGCAGAAAUCAAAUCUGGCUCAGAAAAUGGAACCAUGAUUCAGGAGAUGAUUAGAGAAGGAAAGAUUGUUCCUUCAGAGGUAACCAUUAAGCUUCUCCAAAAAGCAAUGCAGGAUAGUGGAAAUGACAAAUUUCUUAUUGACGGGUUUCCCCGUAAUGAGGAAAACCGAGCUGCAUUCGAGAAAGUUACAAAAAUUGAGCCAGCGUUUGUCUUGUUUUUUGAUUGCCCAGAAGAAGAGAUGGAGAGGCGUAUUUUGAGUAGGAACCAGGGAAGAGAAGAUGAUAAUGUCGAAACAAUAAGGAAACGUUUCAAUGUUUUCCUAGAGUCGAGUCUCCCCGUGAUUAAGCACUAUGAGGCCAGGGGAAAAGUUAAAAAGAUUGAUGCUGCAAGGCCUGUUGCAGAGGUUUUUGAGACGGUGAAAGGGAUUUUUGCCCCCAAAAAUGAGAAGGUAAAGGGUUUUGGCCAUAUUUUGAGGUUGAGUGAAUGCUGCAUUUGUACCUGAGAUUCGAAGACAUACUAUCUAUUGAGGUGAUGAUGCUGCUGUUGAUUGCGUAUACUAGUAUUCAAUUUGCAAGUUUUUGUUUUUCGGUUUUAUUGGUUAUAUUGUUUUAGGAGAAGGGGUCUUAGUUUUACAUAAAAAUGAGAUGUCUCUUAUCAUUAUUAUUAUUGUUAUUGUAUUAUUAUUCUCUACUUACAUGACAGAUCGUAAUACUUACAUCAAUAAUAUUCUUCUUUCAUUGUGAUA